AUGGAGAGGCUGGUUGCUUGUCCAUACAAAAGGCCAUAUGAUCUCCGGAGGCUGAUUUUUUUUCCGUGGGCGGGAGGUGGAACUUCUCAACAUGCUCAAUGGGGCAAACUCUUCAGCAGCUCAACUGAAGUGUCCUCUGUAAGGCUCCCAAGGCCUUUUGCAAAAGACAUGACAACCAUAGUUAAUGAAGUUACAAGUGUUUUGGUAGAAGAAUUGCAAGAAAAAAAUUGCCUUUUUUGGGCGCAGAAGGCAGAAAGGAAUAUCCCCUUCCCCUGUGAUAUUACCUGCUUUAAUGGGUCUGACGAUAAACUACAUGAUUUAGGCGCCUCGCACAAUCUAACAAGUGGAGAGCUCUCCUUUUACAAGCUUCCCAGAGGUCACUUUUAUCUGCUGGAACCCUCUAAUGAAGUUUUCUGGACAAAAUACAUACGAUGUAUAGAAAAUGCUGGUCCUUGA